AAAGUUCAUUGAAAUCAUUUAUGGGUUUUAAAACGUCGCAUUUGAAAAGUAAUUUCACCAGUUGAACGAGUAUUCCCUGAACUUGACACACGGUGACGGUGGACAUCAUGGUGUGGGAGGUGGUGACCCCAGCUGUGCUCUCCAGUGACCCCAAACAUCAGAACGUGCGGCAUGCUGAGCCUGAGGCUGAACACACAGUAGUGAUGAUGGACACAGAUGCAGACCAGUCACAUGACCUGCUCUGCUGUGAGGAACGCCUCCCUUCCUCACCCGGCUUCCCCACCAGUGACACGUACAUGGAAUACGAUGACCUCCCAGACCUGCAGGAGGUUCAGGAGGAGGCGGAGCCAGCAGCGCCGCCUGUCUACCAGGUGCAUGUGGGUGUGUCACACCAGGAGCGACACGCACACACACCUGACACGCCUCCCGACACACACUGGCUGACUCAGCUGGCUCAUAUCGCCACCGGACCUCAGAGUCCCCUACUGCAGGAGUCUCCUACCAGCAGCUCCUCUUCUGUGUGCCUCACCAGCAGCAGCAGUGAUCUACAUUCCUACGCUCGGCCUCCUCCCCCUCUCCCCGGCAGCACCCAGUCGUCCCACAGAGGUCAUGGCAGGGAGCGUCGGCGCAGCAGGAAGAGCAGUGAGUGUGGUUCAGCCGUGUCCACCAGAUCCUCUCUGUCUGAUGAUGAAGACAUGGGCUGGAGCUUCUCCUGUCCUCCCACCGCCUGGCACUGCUUUCUCAAAGGCACUCAUCUGCGUUUCCACAGCGGCUCUAACGUGGCGUGGCAGGACGUGGAGGACCUGGAUCCUGCUGAUGAAGACUCUGGUGAUGAGGAACAAUCCAGAUCUCUGAAGAGUUACGGCUCUGAGGGUCUGCAGCUGGUGGAGCAUUCAGAGACGGUGUCGUCUGGCCAGGCUGUCCUACAGCUGACCUUUGACCCCGGGGCAUUCGGACAUUCAGCCGUAACCGCCCGCUGCCAACUUGACCACCCCUUCUACGUCAAAGUCAAAGGCUGGUCGUCUUUUCACCCGAGCCUGACCGUGGUGCGUUAUGGGAUACCGUGCUAUGAAAUGGAGGUGGGAGAUGUGUGCCUUCCUCCAGGACACAGGGAUGCCAAACACACUGAUGACUCGCCCGUCUUUGACACAUUCAGGAGUUAUGACUUCACUCCUCUGGACUCCUCUGCCGUUUACGUGUUGAGCAGCAUGGCCAGACGGCGGCGUGCCUCCCAGUCCAGUGGGGGAGCUGUUUCUCCAGACAGAGACACGUCACAAGGCUCCCACAGUCCAGGUGCCUCCCACUCUCCUUGCCAUACGACAACCAAAAGCCAACCAGCCAGCACAGCAGGAAGUAAUAAUAACGCCACAGCCAACAAGUGCAAGCGGCCAAUGAACGCCUUCAUGCUGUUUGCCAAGAAAUUCAGGGUGGAGUACACACAGAUGUACCCAGGCAAAGACAACAGAGCGAUCAGUGUCCUCCUCGGGGAGCGGUGGAAGAAAAUGCGAAGUGAGGAGCGGCGGACGUUCACCGUACAGGCCAAAGCCCUCGCAGACGAACAGAAACGAAUCAACCCAGACUGCUGGAAACGCAAACGAACCAACUCUGGUUGUCAGGGAAAUUAAGGCUGCAGACAAGAAGACAAGAGGACUGUGGGACACACACACACACGCUCACACACACAGACGUGACGAGGAGAAAAAGACAAAGAGAGCAAUGUGUAACCUAACACAACGCUUCCAUAUAUUUCUCCUAUAGUGAGGGUUUCAUUCAGUCUUUUUAAGGUUCUCACAGCAGUGAGACAUUUUGACCUGCUCUUAAAAAAUGUCACUUCUUUCUAUUGCUUUUAAAAGGUGCUUAAUGUAACAUUUUAAAUGCUAUCAAUUAUUAUCUCUUUAUAAUAAUUACAUCAAGUUAUAAAAGAUUACAUUUUAAUGCCACAGAGCACCGUAGUGUCUCCCUCCAGAGAGUAAUAUUUUUUUCCAAAUUACAUUUUCUAAGCAGGUCAACUGGGUUUUAUUUUCGACUGUGACAAUAACUAAAAAAAGAGAUUCUGGUCAUUUUCACUCAGUUUCUCAUCAUGUGCUUGAAACAGGUGGAAGUUGUGGUGCUGUAGCAUUUAAAGUAGAGAAUGUAGCUAUUUUCCCAAAAUUAUAUAUUAUAUAUAAAGAAAUAUAUUGAGUAUUUUCUUGCCUGUAUUACUUGCAUUUGCACACAUUAUAUUGCACAAGACUACACAUAUUAACAUUGCUUUCAUGUAAUAUUUGGUUAUUAACACAUGUAAACCAUGAAUUCUCAAAUAGUGGCCUCUGGGUUUUAUUUACCUCGACUCGAAGAGAGACAAAGCCCUUAUUACAAUUUUCUUUUUAAAAUUUCCAGUGGUUCAGGCGACAGCAUCCUGUCACUUCACUGGAAGAGCUUUAUUUUGAAAAUGGAGAUUGGUAUCAACUUCCCUGACAGUUUGUUGGGAAAAUAAAAUAAAAUAAAAAAUUUCCUGGUAGAUUUAAGGCAGUGGUUUUAUUAAGUUGAAUGGAUGUAUAUAUACUAGCAACAGAAAUUUCCCCUGGCCUUUGUUUUAUUGCUUUUAUUUGAGAAUUUAGGGUAAUUAUCACAUAUUGUCAUAAAGGAUAUAGAAUCACAUGGGUAUGUUACAAAAAAUUGCCAUUAUAGCAGCAAACAACAGCAAGACACGAACUAAUUUGAUUUGGAUUCAUCAGCCAUCAUCAAGUGUCCUUGAUUCCAACAUCUUUAUGUGCCAUAAUCAAAUUUCCUAGCUGUGUUUUAUCAAAUUAUGCUAAUCAAAGGACAUUAAUACACGUGAGGCUUGUUUCACUCAAGGCGUUUCCACUGGCUUUAAAGAGUGAAAUGGAAAUAGUAUUUGUCUUAUGAAAUGAUACAAUAAUAUACAAGAAAAGCAAGCAAACACAUUUAAGCUUGAUCUACUCCAAUAAGCUUUGAUGACUUUCCUUUAAAUUCUUUUUUUAUUUUAAAUAGGAAAAGAUAACAAAACAGUUUCUAGCUUCUGUCGGGCAGGUAGUGGCCACACUGAUAACUUCAAAAUGUUUUGGGACAGAACAGGAAGAGAAAAAGUUGUGUUUUUAACUUUGAUAUUAUGGAUAAUCUACUCUUAAAGUAGCACCUUUGGCUCAGAUGAUGGAAGUCUAAAUGUUUGGUUAUUGAUUCUUGCAUAGUUUGAAGGAAAAAACCCAUUAAGGACAGUAAAAGUCUGAUCUAAAUUGUUAAUUAAUUUUUAAAACAGAUGGAGAAGAAGUUUAGCUCGGUUUUUAUGAAAAGAAAAAAGUUUUGCCAGGUGAAAAGUGUCAACAGAGGCCAAAGUGUCAAACUACCCCAUGUUCUAAAUAGGACUCAAUUAUUCAGGUUUUCUUCCAGGUGAAAGACGAGACAUGACAGAAAUGUUACAUAACUAGCUUACACACAGUACCUUUUGUUUCGAGUACAUGAAUGCUGAUCCCAAAAAAGAAUCGCCUAAUGUUCUUAUUUUCUCCAAACUGAUCAGGCUUAAAACCAUUAAUACCUGAAAUGAAGCCUCCAGCAUCAUGGCUGUUUUCUAGACAUCUAUUGUGUUUUGUACUUGAACCAGACAUUUGGCAAAGCGAAACACCUGUCAGCUAGAUAUGAUUCAUCUCUGUAAUGUGAUAUUAUUGCAAGUACUUAUUCAUGCAAACACAACCACUGCAAACAUGAACAUUAUGUGAAAACUGACAGAUGUGGAAACCCAGAUGUGUGAGGCUUUAGCAAGUUCAGUCCCAGCAGAGUGUGAGGGAGGACGGGGAUCUACUUGGUGUUUAAGUGCUUGACAUUUCUACAGAAAUAGUUAAAAAAAAAAAGAGAAAUAUUCCUAGGGUGGGCACUCAUAUUCUCACUGCAUAACGAGGUUUAUUGUUCAUGCACUAUAUACACUUUAUCUUAUGUGACUGCUACAGUAUAAUGUGUAAUGAGAAUAUUAAUAUGAUCAUAUAGAAAUAUAUAUUUUUGGUUUAGACUUAAUCUUUGUUAACCUUUGAUGGUUGUGCAUUGAUUAUUUAACUUCUGUUUGUCUUUACUAUCAUGUCAUGUACAGGUUGAUCAGGGGAGACAAUGCAAUACAGUGUAUUAUAAUAUAAAUAAACGCAUGGUAAAUCUUUCAUCU